AUGUCAACAGAGACAUCAGCCACAGCGCUCGUCUUGCACGGCGCAAAGGAUCUGCGUCUGGAAAAACGCAUCGUCUCAGCUCCAGCCGGUGCAGACAUUCAGGUUGCCGUUACCGCCACCGGUCUUUGCGGCUCCGACCUACACUACUACUCUCACGGCCGCAAUGGCGACUUUGUCGUCCGCGAGCCCAUGUGUCUAGGCCACGAGUCCGCCGGCGUAGUGACUGCCGUGGGCCCCGAGGUGGGAACCGCCUUCAAAGUCGGUGAUCGUGUCGCACUCGAGGUUGGCCUGCCCUGCCGGCAGUGCGCUUUCUGCAAGAACGGGCGAUACAACAUCUGCAAGAAGAUGCGCUUCCGCAGCAGCGCAAAGACCUUCCCCCACCUCGAUGGCACUCUUAUGGCCCGUACCAACCACCCCGCAGCGAUGUGUCAUGCCCUGCCCGACAACGUCUCCGACGCAGGGGGCGCCCUCGUCGAGCCGCUCGCUGUCUGUCUUCAUGCGAUCCGACGCUCGCAUCCCCCCACAAAGGAGGAAGUGGCUCUGUCGAAUGCGGCGGGCGAAGGCACUGCGGCUCUGGUGUUUGGCGCAGGCGCCAUCGGUCUCCUGGUCGCUUCUGCGUUGGCCGUCUCCCAGAACUUUGAAUCCAUCGUGGUGGCCGACAUUGAUGCCUCUCGACUCGAGAUUGCGGCUUCAUUGGGAUUGGGAAUCAAGACGGCGCUCAUUCCGCGCGCAGACCCCUCCAGCCCUCCUCCACCUCCUAAAGAUGCCCCGCACGCCGAUCAAACAGCCUGGGCACUGAAGAAUGCGCAGGCUGUGGCCGCGGCCUUGGUGCAGGCCGCCCAGCAGGAAGGUGUUCCUCCUGUAUCGGGCUUCAGUCGCGUGUAUGACUGCACGGGUGUUCCCGCAUGUGUUCAGGCUGGUAUCUACGCGUCCGAGCCCGGCGGCGUCCUCGUCCAGAUUGGAAUGGGCAACCCAAUCCAGACGUUGCCGGUGGGUGCGGCGGCUCUUCGGGAGGUUGACAUCAUCGGCGUGUUCCGCUACGAUGGAUAUGCCUAUCCUGCUGCGAUUGAGUUGCUGGGAAGUGGAAAGCUGAAGACCACCGAGGAGAAAGUGGUCACACACCGCCUGCCCCUGGAGGAGGGUGAGCGGGCGUUUACCCUUGCCGGGAAGGGUGUAGAUGAGGAUGGGAAACCGGUGGUGAAAGUGGUCAUUGAGAACAAAUUGUAA